AUGUCAGAGAUGCAAGUUUUCGAAGGCAGCGCCAGCGGGACAGGAGGAGCCCUAAACGGAAGGUUGAGCAAGGGUGUUCCAUCUCUGCCGCGCGAGCCGGAUAACUCGGCCGUAGUGUUCGAUGUCGACGCUCUUCGAGCCGCCUUCGCCGCAGCGAAACAGGCCUUCCCUCCCCACUGGAACCACUGCGUGGCCGUCAAGAGCUGCCCGCUGUCGGUCGUAGUUCAGGAGGCGGUACGAGCUGGUUUAGGAAUCGAGGCUGCAUCUUUUGUGGAGCUGUACAUGGGCCUUGCUCUUGGCUGCCCCGCAGUUCUUGCUGCGUUUGACUCGCCGGCCAAGACCGAUGGGGAGCUGGAAAUGGCUUUGGCGCGAGGGGUCCUGAUAAACGCUAACAGCCUGGUAGAACUAGAUCGGAUUGAUGCCAUCAUCAAGAGGCAGGGCUGUGCUACUUCCGCGCGUGUCGGCAUCAGAUUGAAUCCUCUUGUAGGAGCUGGCUCUAUCGCCGAGCUAAGCGUGUCCACCUCAACCAGCAAGUUCGCAGUGCCAAUGACUCCCGCGAACGUCCAAGCGGUGGUGGAUUCCUUCCGCAAGUGGCCGUGGCUCGUUGCUCUGCAUACUCAUGUUGGCUCGCAGGGGUACUCGGUCGAACAGUUGGCCGAGGGCAUCGCAGUUCUUUGCGAAAUUGCGGAUGUCAUCGACAGCAAGUUGGGGAAGGGGAGAGUCACUUUGCUGGACAUUGGCGGUGGCCUGCCGGCAAACUACGACUCGGAUGAGGUUUCACCCACCUUCCACGAGUACGCUGCGGCUCUGAAGAAGGCCGCACCCUCUCUCUUUCACAACACCGAGCGCAUCGUCGUGACGGAGUUUGGCAGAGCUUUUGUGGCCAAGGUUGCAAUGACGGUAAGCAAGGUGGAAUACGUCCGUUCAAGCGAUGGCUCGGGAGCCGAGGGACGUGCCGCCGGUAAAGCAACUCAGCAGGAAGAGGACCCAUCGAACGUUGUUGGUAGCCCAGGCAAGGUACCGGAGUCGUCUUUGCCUGUCGAGGACCACCAAACAUUGGUGACGCAUAUCGGAGCUGACCUAUUCCUGCGCACCAGCUACUGCCCCGGAAGGUACUCCCACCGUUUGUCGAUGUACUCCAGGAACGGGGCCGCAUUGGGCGGGUCUGCGAUCAGGACAGAUGUGGCGGGCCCGUUGUGCUUCCAGGGAGACUACGUGGCGCGCGGCGCGAGCCUUCCUCGCGCUUCGCCAGGGGAUCUAGUUGUCGUCCACGAUACAGGGGCGAACACGCUAUCGCUGUUCAGUCGGCACUGCUCGCGGCGUUUCCCUUCGGUGUACGGGUACGCGAGGAAUGCCGACGGUACCGUAUGUGUUCGGCUGGUGAAGGAAAAGGAGAGCGUCCAAGACGUCGCGCGCUUCUGGGGUGCUUGUUGA